AUGUCUAGCGCUCUCGAACAGCUCAAGAGCACCGGCACCGUCGUCGUGUGCGACUCCGGUGACUUUGCCACCAUUGGAAAGUACAAGCCCCAGGACGCCACCACCAACCCUUCGCUCAUCCUCGCCGCUUCCAAGAAGCCCGAGUACGCCAAGCUGAUCGACGCCGCCGUCGAGUACGCCAAGAGCAAGGGCGGUGAUGUCGACUCUCAGGUCGAUGCUGCUCUCGACAGCCUCCUUGUCGAGUUCGGCAAGGAGAUUCUGAAGAUCAUUCCCGGCAAGGUCUCCACCGAGGUCGACGCCCGCUUCUCCUUUGACACCAAGGCCUCCGUCGAGAAGGCCCUUCACAUCAUUGACCUGUACAAGGAGCAGGGCAUUGGCAAGGAGCGCAUCCUGAUCAAGAUCGCCUCCACCUGGGAGGGUAUCAAGGCCGCCGAGAUCCUCCAGCGCGACCACGGCAUCAACACCAACCUCACCCUCAUGUUCUCUACCGUCCAGGCUAUUGCUGCCGCCGAGGCCGGUGCCUUCCUCAUUUCGCCCUUCGUUGGCCGUAUCCUUGACUGGUACAAGGCCGCCAACAAGAAGGACUACUCCAAGGAGGAGGACCCCGGUGUCAAGUCCGUCCAGACCAUCUUCAACUACUACAAGAAGUACGGCUACAAGACCAUCGUCAUGGGUGCCUCAUUCCGCAACACCGGCGAGAUCACUGAGCUUGCUGGCUGCGACUACCUGACCAUCUCUCCCAACCUUCUCGAGGACCUCCUCAACUCCCAGGAGGCCGUCCCCAAGAAGCUCGACGCCAGCGCCGCCACCUCGCUCGACAUUGAGAAGAAGUCGUACAUCAACGAUGAGGCCACCUUCCGCUUCGACUUCAACGAGGAGCAGAUGGCCGUCGAGAAGCUCCGUGAGGGUAUCAGCAAGUUCGCCGCCGAUGCCGUCACCCUCAAGGAUAUCAUCAAGAAGAAGGUCCAGGCUUAA